AUGAAAACAAUUGCUGUUAUUGGUGGUGGAUGGUACGGUUGUCAUAUUGCAUUAAGUCUAAAACAGAAAGGACAAUAUUAUGUAACAUUAUACGAAGCACAAUCUGACAUAUUUCAUGGUUGUUCCGGUAAAUUUGGCAUCCGAUUACAUGCUGGUCCACAUUAUCCUAGAUCGAAAAAAACACGUGAAAGUUGCCAAAAUCAUUUCUAUAAUUUUCAUGAUACAUAUUCAGAUCUAUUAAUCAAACAUGAAUACUCAGUAUAUGGUUUAGGAAUUGAAGAUGUUGAUGAAUGUCCAUCAAAGGUCACUGAAUCACAAUUUAAAUUAGUUUGUAAAGAAUGUGAUCAAUACCAAGAAAUAGAUAUCAAAGAAUGGAAUUAUCAGCAUUUAAUUUCUGCUUUUACUGUUUAUGAACCGAGUAUUGCAGUUGGAAAACGUUUACGUGAAAAGUUUAAAAAAUAUCUAAAACAAGCUGAUGUUAAUCUAAUAUGUAAUUACAAAGUACAAAAAAUUGAGAAAAUAAAUAAUAAUAAACUUCAAAUUAAUACUGAACACAUCUUUGAUCAUGUAAUUAACUGUACAUAUUAUCAAGAUUUAACCAUAGAUUCAAUCUUACCAUUUAAUAUUGAAGUAGUAUAUCAACCAAGUUUAGCUUUAUACUAUGAAGAUAAUGAAAAAUCUUAUAAAGAUGAUGCUUUUUCAUUUAUUAUCAUGGACGGAUGGUUUCCAUGUAUAAUGCCACAUGAUGAUCAUAUAGAAGGAGAAGAAAUUACUAAACGAAAAUAUAUAAUGACACAUGGAAAAUAUACAAUUAUGGGUUCAUUUGAAACAUAUGAUGAAGCAGUUGAUUGUAAAAAUAAAUUAAAUGAUUCAUUUGUAGAGAAAACAAUCAAACCAUUGUUUGAAAAAGAUAUGAAUAAAUAUUGGCCAACAUUUAAAAAUAGAUUCAAAUACUUAGGAUGGAUAAGUACAAUUGCAACAAAAGUGAAAACUGAAAAAGAAUUUCGCAGUGCAUUAACAUGGGAAAAAGAUGGCAUGAUUUAUGUUCUUUCUGGAAAAAUAAAUAAUAUAUUCGAUGCUGAACAAGAAGUAUUUUCUUUACUUAAACUAGAAAACAUUCUUAAAUGGGGAGGAUAUAAUUAUGUUAAAGAUGGAGAGUUAGAUAGAUCAAUAAAUGAAGUUACUGAGAAACCACAACAUAAUGUUAGAAAUACUUCUGAAUUACAAGUGUAUAAUGAAUUAUGUUCGCAACAUAAACAUAAUUAA